AUGAGCGGCUCCCUUGUUUCACAGGGUGGCAUCUCGGAUCCUGCCCUGAUCACACUCGUGAACAAGCUUCAGGAUGUUUUCGCUACUGUUGGUGUCAACAAUCCUAUUGACUUGCCUCAAAUUGCCGUCGUAGGAAGUCAGUCGAGUGGAAAGAGUUCAGUUUUGGAGAAUAUCGUUGGCCGAGACUUCUUGCCCCGAGGCUCCGGUAUUGUAACCCGGCGUCCCCUCGUCCUCCAACUCAUCAACCGUCCCGCCGAGAGCAAUGGCGUUAGCGCUGAGGAGGUUGACACCUCCAACGACAAGCAGGCCAAUGCCGAUGAGUGGGGAGAGUUCCUCCAUGCCCCUGGACAGAAGUUCUAUGACUUCUCCAAGAUUCGAGACGAAAUCUCACGGGAAACAGAAGCCAAGGUCGGAAAAAAUGCAGGCAUCUCUCCAGCUCCCAUCAACCUUCGCAUCUACUCCCCCAAUGUCCUCACCUUGACCCUCGUCGAUUUACCUGGUCUCACUAAGGUCCCUGUCGGAGACCAGCCCCGCGACAUCGAGCGACAAAUUCGAGAGAUGGUUCUCAAGCACAUCGGCAAGUCAAACGCCAUCAUCCUCGCAGUCACCGCUGCCAACCAAGAUUUGGCCAACUCGGACGGUCUCAAACUGGCACGCGAGGUUGACCCUGAGGGACAAAGGACUAUCGGUGUUCUGACCAAGGUUGAUCUGAUGGACGAAGGAACCGACGUUAUCGAUAUUUUGUCCAACCGUGUCAUUCCUCUCAGACUGGGCUACGUCCCUGUGGUCAAUCGAGGCCAGCGAGAUAUCGACAACCGAAAGGCCAUUAACCAGGCGCUGGAGGCCGAGAAGAAUUUCUUCGAGAAUCACAAGGCUUACCGCAACAAGAGCUCGUACUGCGGAACCCCUUAUCUUGCCCGCAAGCUGAACCUCAUUCUCAUGAUGCACAUCAAGCAGACCCUGCCGGACAUCAAGGCUCGCAUCAGCAGCUCUCUUCAAAAGUACUCGGCUGAGCUGGAAAGCCUUGGCCCCUCUAUGCUUGGCAAUAGUGCCAACAUUGUUCUCAACAUUAUCACAGAGUUUACCAAUGAGUGGCGAACAGUUCUAGAUGGUAACAACACUGAGCUGUCGAGCACUGAGCUUUCAGGUGGUGCCCGUAUCAGUUUUGUCUUUCACGAGCUGUACUCCAAUGGUGUCAAGGCCAUCGAUCCGUUUGACGUCGUGAAGGAUGUCGACAUCCGCACAAUUCUCUACAACUCUUCUGGUUCUUCUCCAGCUCUCUUUGUGGGCACUACCGCCUUUGAGCUGAUUGUAAAGCAGCAGAUCAAGCGCUUGGAAGACCCCAGCUUGAAGUGUGUAUCCCUUGUUUACGACGAGUUGGUGCGAAUUCUCUCGCAGCUCCUCGGUAAGCAGCUCUACCGCCGAUAUCCUUCGCUGAAGGAGAAGAUGCAUGGCGUCGUCAUUGCAUUUUUUAAGAAGGCUAUGGAGCCCACCAACAAGCUGGUCAGGGACUUGGUAUCCAUGGAGUCAUGCUACGUCAACACUGGCCAUCCUGAUUUCUUGAAUGGUCACCGAGCGAUGGCGAUGGUAAACGAACGGUACAACCCCAAGCCUGUUCAGGUCGAUCCCAAGACAGGCAAGCCUCUUGCCGGGACUCCCCGAGCCGCGAGCCCGACUGUUCCAGAUGGAGAAAAUUCUGGCAAUUCGGGUUUCUUUGGCAGCUUCUUCGCAGCCAAGAACAAGAAGAAGGCUGCCGCCAUGGAAGCCCCUCCCCCUACUCUAAAGGCUUCCGGUACCCUGUCAGAGCGCGAGAACAUCGAAGUCGAAGUUAUCAAGCUGCUCAUUUCUUCUUACUACAACAUUGUCAAGCGUACCAUGAUCGACAUGGUUCCCAAGGCCGUCAUGCUGAACCUUGUGCAAUUUACCAAGGAUGAGAUGCAACGAGAGCUGCUGGAGAACAUGUACCGAACCGACACAUUAGACGAUCUUCUCAAGGAGAGUGAUUUCACCAUCCGAAGAAGAAAGGAGUGCCAGCAAAUGGUUGAAUCUCUUUCCAAGGCUAGUGAGAUUGUCAGCCAAGUACAGUGA